AUGGAGUACGGUGCCUUUGGCUGUGGUGGCUCCUAUUUCGAAGGAUUUUGUCCAAAUGGAAUGUAUUGUCCAACACCUGCACAGAUUAUUCCCUGCAAAAGUGCCACUGAAUUCUGUCCAACAGGAGUGACUAAGGCAUUGUCUUGUCCAGCAGUAUUCGACUGCAUCGAAGGUCGAGCUGAACGACAACGAAUCAUCAUUACCGUUAUGACCACUGUCGCCGUGAUCUUAUUCGUUGUGAUCAUCUUUGCUUUGCCGAUCUCUGCAAAACUUUUCAAAUGGAUCUCUGAAAAACUCUUCAAGAGGAUGCCUUCAAUGAAAAAAUGGUUUGGUAAACACAAACUGUCCGAUCCGUUCGAUGUGAGUGAAUACUUUCAAGAACCACCUGAACCCAAUUACGAACCAGAAAAAUGCAUUAAACUUCAUGUUCAUUUGAAGGAGGCUAAACUUCGCGAUGUCAAACGUUUCGAUAGAAAGAAAAACCAAGGAUUUACUAGUCGCAUAACUCCUGGCAAGAUAACAGCGCUCAUGGGUGGCUCCGGUUGUGGUAAAAGUAGUCUUCUCGAAACCAUUUACGGUCGACGACGAUUGAGACCCGGUGGGUCGAUCACUUUUGCUAAUCACAAGCCUUUAUCACACAUUCUCACCGACUAUGUUGGUUAUGUGCCACAAGCGGAUAUUAUGCACAAUGAUCUGACUGUGUUCGAGACUGUCUACUAUUCUGCUCGUGCACGACGAUUGGGCGGUCCGAAGCAGACGUUAAUUAAUGAUGUCUAUUUCGUUUUGAAAAAGCUUGGUUUAGGAGAUAUGCAUGAUGAUUUCAUCAAGACGCUGUCAGGCGGUCAACGAAAACGAGUCAAUGUUGCUUUGGAAGUCGUUGCUUGCCCGAAAGUCUUACUUCUGGACGAGCCGACAUCUGGUCUGGACACCGUGUCUUGCGAUGAGCUCUUCGAACUCUUGCAAUUGAUCAAGUGCAGUAAGGCUGGACCUGUGACAAUCGUUACAGUUAUUCACCAGCCAAGUCAUGAAUUAUUUGAAAAAAUCGAUAACAUUUUCUUCUUGACCCGAACGUGCUGUUUAGCCUAUCAAGGUCCACGAUCUCAUGCAAAGAAUUUUUUAGAACAGAAGAUCUUUCCUGAUUCUCAAAAUAUUCCUCCACCGCGACAUAACGAUUGCGAUACAUGUAUUAUCAUGCUGACCAAAGCAAAAGAUGAUAUUAAGAAUCAUCGAAUCGAAAGUCAACGAAUCGCUCAAUCCCUCACAACAUAUUCUUGGUCACAGCGAGCCUGGUAUCCUUUCUUCUACGUCUUACGACGAUCAAUACGACAGAUUUAUAUUCGUGGAGUUGUUGCCGAAGUUGCCUAUAUGCUUGCUUACUUCUUGCUAGGAUUUAGUCCAACAAAAGAAGAACUCAGACCAUUUGGUUUCGUUGUGGUUCUUUCAUUUUCGAGACAUGUGCAAAGUCUAUUAUUUCAACAAGAGUCGAAACUUUAUUUGGAAGACGUCGAAUCAAAGGAUCACAUUUGGGGAACAUCGGUGGAAGGUCUUGCUAAAGCCUUUGACUUCAACAACAGCGAGAAUCCGACUUUAUGCCUAGUGAUUAUCGGGUUCUCCGUACGUUUUUUGACGUAUAUGUUUCUUUAUCGCAAAUCGGAAUAUCGGUCGAAAGCUCGAUUUUAUGUCACCAAUCCUAUUCUCUUGAUCAAAAAUUUACUCACAGCGAAAUCAUGUCGAGAUCGCAGCGUGAACCGCUCAGGUCAAUCACGUCCGACUGAAUCCCAACCAAAUUCGGACCAGAUUCCGUUGUGUUCAAUUGCUUUAUCUGAGCAAGAAAGUGGUAUACCGUGCUCGCCUUUGGACACUGAUCAACACGAACUCAUACUUUUACCCAUCCGAUAG